AUGUCCGACGACAAUACCGAGGCCGCUAAGGCUGCAACGACGGCGAUUCCAAUUGCCCAGUUGGCCCCCGAUACCUCUCAGGAUGGCACAGUGGAUGGUGUGAUCACCAUUUUGUGGCCGUACAACAAAAUCAACAACUCCGUUGCAUUCAUUCUAGCUGAACCCGAGUUCCGCCUGCGCCGGAAUAAAGGCCAGGUUAGGGUGAACUUUGUGGGUUCCAGCGCCAAAGCGAUAUCAGAAUGUGGACUUGGAAGUAGCGACCGCAUUCAGCUGAGCUUGAACGGUGCUGACUUCACGCCCAACGAUGCCAGACCACGAAUCCCUGGCAUGUCGGAUUGGCAAGUCAACUACACCGAGCGAUUGAAUCUACAGGUCAAGUUGGGCGAGACAGGAGAAACGAAGACCAUCGAUGUCGACCACCCAGCACACCCCGAGCCUGCUCCUCCAACACCAGCACCGGUACAAGAGCCUUGGCUUGAUCCCGUCUCUUUGGAACCGUCGACACUGCCAGACCUCGCAACCGCUACCCCUGUCAAGAAUGGAUCCUCGAAGAGACUUAAGGAUGGGGAGUUCGACUCGCCUGCUUUCGUGAAGCGAGCUAGAAUCUCCUACGGAUCGUUGUUCCACGACGAUAUCUUUGACGAAGAUGAUAACGUCAAGCCAAAAAGUCGUAAGCGAUCUCGAUUCUCGCUCAACCCCGGAACUUGGAGGUACAACAGUCGAUCGCCUAGCCCACAGCUAUCAGACGCAAAAGAUGAUAGGGGUUCCGGUGACGAAGAGGUGCAAUCCAGCCCACCGCUUCAGCCGACUAUGACAGAUAGUGCUUGCCAGACUACGGAACUCGAUUUUCCCGGACCUCCUUUCAGAGAUUCGCUUAUGGGACAGCCCCCUAGUCUUGGUGGAGCAGUGCACCAACCCAAACCGUUGCUGAAUACCGAAGAGUAUAUCGAUCAGGGUCAUCAAACAUUUCCUUUGGGUGGCUGGGCAGCACCUUUAGCCGAAUCGCAACAGCCUUUCUCCAACUCUGGGCUUUUCGCUAUCAGCCAAGCAGCCGCUUCAUUCAGUUCUGGUGCUGCAGCUGGCGUAGGGAUCGAGGGUGAUCACCAAGCAUGGAAUACGCAACCGUUACCAGAGCAGACAGCUACAUACCAUGACCUGACCUUAAAUAUGCCGCACGAUGUAUUUGCGCCAAAUAUCGAGCAAUCAUUGAAUACUCGGCCGAACGACGGGUUUGGAGAUACACCGGGCAUGACACAUGGUUCAUUUGCCCAACCGGUUCACUUCGGGACGGUUGGAACAGUGGGAGGAAGCACUCAUGAUACUUCCAGUGAUCAAGAGGACAUGCCCAUGCUCCUUGAUCAUGCCACUUCAGUUUACCCAGAUUUGGAGAAGGACGAGCAUAUUCAGCAUGCCCCAACACAUGACGGCCCGACAGACUUGUUAUCUACCGAGUCAAGUAUGCCUCUUGCCGAGCACAGUAGUACAGCUCCCUCAGGUCCGUUCGCUCGAGAGACUAGUGCUCCAGCAGAGCGGGCAGCAAUGAACGCAGGUACUUUGUCUUAUACGGCAGUCAAUAAUCGCACGACUAGCCGAUCCCUUUCGCGCCCAACAUCAAGCCGCGUAGGUAGUGGUGAUGGUCAAACGCCACAAUCUGCUAUGGUUAUUGACGAAAGUGAUUCCGAAGAAGAAGAGGAAGAGGAAGAGGAAGAGGAAGAGAAAGAAGAAGAGGAGGAAGAAGAAGAGGAGGAGGAAGAGGAGGAAGAGGAAGAAGACGAAGUUCCAACAGUGGAUGCAGCUGAUGCCCACUUUGUCGGUGCUCCUGCAUUGAAUCCUGAGCAUGCGGGCCGUACUUCUGCUCAAGUUGCCCACAAUUUGUUUGUUGAUGGCCCAUUGCCUGGUCAUCAAGCGACCGAGGAGGAGGAACACGUAUAUGCCGAUCACUCUCCUGACCGUUACGACGACGAGUAUGAUGAAGACGAGGAAGGAGGAGACUACAAUACAAGUACCUACCUUGUACCACAAGAUGACGAAGACGACGAUGAUGACAUGGAUCUUCGACAACACAGAUUAGAGCCUGAGUUCAAUGAUGGCGCAGGGGACAGCUACGACGAGUCUGGAGAGGAGGGAGAAGAAGAAUAUGGCGAAGAAGAGGACGAAGAGAGAUACGAAGAUGACUCAGAAAUGGAUGCGGACACACCGCAGCCGCAACAACGGCAAGUCAUGCGACCCUCGUCUUCUGCCCCUGUUGUAAUUGAUCUGCUGUCCGAUUCGGACGAUGACAAUGAAGAGCCGCCGUCUCGGCCUCCACCAAACACUGUGCCGUUGAGUCGGCCUCUGCCCAUUCCUUCUCAGGCGACAAGGAAGUCGCCCGAUUACGGCCCUGGAAGUGAUGUUGAGGAGAGUGGCGGGGAUGAAGAGGUGCUCCACCAGGCGGAAGAGGAUGAAGAAGAGCGAGCUUCGGAGGUUAGCGAAGAGGGUAACGAUUCUCAUGGUCCGCAAAUUCUAGUCGAAGAUGACUAUAGCGACGAAGGUGACGAAAACAACAACGGUGAAGGGUCUGACGUGGAAGAUAAACUUGUUGGGGAUACCGAAGAAGACGACCAAAUUGACGAAGAGCAUGAUUUAACGGUUCCUACUGAGCGUCAUCGAGAUUUGAAUAUAGAGAGUAUACGGGCUCCUACUGAGCGAGGUUCUGCGAAAGCUCGUUCGCCAUCGCCCAAGCCCAUCUCAGAAGAUGCCGUUGAGACCGAUAAGGACGAUGACAUGCAAUAUGUCGUUGGUGAGAGUAGUCCUCUUGAAAAGAUACCGUCGCAACAAGAACGGCAGACAAGCACGGCUCCCGCAAAGGAGAGUCAGCUCACACAAGCCGACCAAGUAACGGCCAGUAGACACAGUAGUGUCGUUGCUCAAGAAGAGGCAAAUCAAGCAGUCGGUAGUGAGCAAGAAGCCAACAAGCAACCGACAGAUGCUCUGGAAGAAGCGCAACCGGAACCGGAACCGGAGACAUUUGAUCCAUCACCACCACUCACCCAGUCAUUCCAGUCUCAGAUAUUUUAUGAUGAGGAAGAUGUGGUUAUGGAAGAGUCUUCGCCAAUGUCUAUCGCUGUGGAGCCUUCAGGAGAACAUCUAUUGACUCCUUCGGAUACAAAGCCACAAGAGUUGCAGAUCCUGGACGAUGCGGCGAUGCAGAUCGAUGAAGCUGCUCAGGUCGAAGGUCCUCGCCAGUCUCCUGAACCAAGAAAGCCCUUGAUCACACCCGCUAUAUCUGAAGCAGUACAUUCCAUAAUCGUGGAGCUCGAGCAAGUAUCCCACAUUUCAGCAGAAACCGCAGCUGGAACGCGAGCCAGAAGCCCUCCGCCACCUUUAGAGCCGGCAUCCCAUGAAGACAUCACUAUGGAAACCUCAGAGAUGAGCCCAGACCACACUAUAGUCGAACCCGAUUUGACUUUUGAGAGUCAGGCCGGGAGCCAGGAUGCUCUGAGAGCUCCUGAUGUGGCAUCACAGCCCGUCACCCAGACAACGGAAGGUCCAGUAGCGGAGAUCAGGGAUGACAUCAGCGAAGCAAGCUCCUUUAUUUCUCAGUUAGAUGGCGACGAUGCAUUACAAGCUGCUCUUCGCGAGGAAGACUCCAAAAAUUUUGACGAGGAUUUCCAGGGAUCUUUGGUUGCAGAAGACGAAGAUGUCCAGAGUCAAAGCGACGAUGAACAAGGUGAUGGUACAGAUCGAGAUCAGGCAAGUCAUAUGCAUUCGUCACCUCUCGAGGAUCAGGAAGCAGUUCCAACUACAGCAGCACCUACUCAAGCAGGGGCAACGGAAACUCGUGCCUCAUCGCCUGAUCUAGGAACAACAUCACCACAACACGUGAACGAAGCUGGCAUUAUUGUAGGCAGUCCGGAAUGGACGGCUAUAGAACGACAUGAACACGAAAAAUCAGUUGUUGAUGACACCCCGUCUGCGGAAACUGCCGCUCCAGCCGUACAAGAGAUUGCAGCAGACAUCAUGGUCGGCAGUCCUGAACAAGCGGCCAUUGAAAGACACCAGGACAAGAAGGAGGACGAACAGCUGGGCCUCGAGAAGAAUCCUGGGCCUGAGAUCGUCAUUCCCAUUGAAUCGAAGCCAUUCGAUACCGAAGUUGACUCUGAUGUCCCUAUGGACAGCCCAGUACAAGCAGCUAUCGAAAGACAUCGACAUGAGCAUGAUGAGUCUGCUUCAAGAAAAUCGCGAGCUUCCACUUCUCGAAGGUCGACGCCAUCAAGGAGCCAGGUAAAUUCAGAGAGCUUCAUCGGAAGUCCCGAAAGAGCAGCCAUUGAAAGACACCAGCAUGAUCACGGAAAAAGUGCCGUCAAGAGACUAGCGCGUUCUGAUGAGUCAACUCCAGUGAAAAACAAAAUCAUCUCUGAGAUUUUUAUGGGAAGUCCAGAAAAGACAGCGAAACGAAGAUCAGGGUCUUUAGAUCUACGAGAUCUUACACCGUCAGAUCCAAGCUUGGACCUAGCAAGAGCUGCGAUCGCAUCAAAACAUGGACGCCGCCAACGCGGUGCCACGCCCGAGACUGUGCGGUCGCAAGCACGAUCUCUAGCACGAUCCCAAAUCCACCAGAAGAGUCAAACCCCAGAGGCUUUCAACGAAGAUGUUGAGAUCGCCAAGGCUUCUCUUGACACACCAACCAAAACAGUAAAAGCGAAGAUUCAAGUCCCAGCCAGCUCGCCCGUGUCCUCAAAGGUAGAGGAAGGAAAUGACCCGUUAGCAGCCUCGAGACUCAAGCUAGUUCGCCAUCUAAGAGAUGAACUCUCCGAAUGCACUACGCUUAAAGUGCUACGUCAUUCAAUUGGUAAAUCGGUAGAAGUCAUGGCGGUAGCUAUGAUGACUCCUAAUGAUCCUCAGCGCGCCAAGGGUGGGCCCCGGGAGUACAUGAUGUCUUUUACUGUCACUGAUCACAGCAUAAGCCCUGGUGGUGUAGCUGAAGUGCAGCUCUAUCGUCCACACAAGGAGUCACUGCCCAUUGUUAAGGCUGGUGACAUUGUGCUGCUUCGAAGCUUUACGGUGGUUUCACUCAAGGGCAAGGGCUACGGCCUGCGUACCAAUGACGGGUCGAGCUGGGCCGUCUUUGACCAAGAAGAUGAGCCCGCUCAGAUUAAGGGUCCGCCUGUCGAGUAUGGGGAUGCUGAGACAACGUUUGCUGCGUAUCUGAGGGAUUGGUACGGUUUGAUGGAUGAGAAGGCUAAGCAAAAACUUGAGAAGGCCAACCAGAAGAUCAUCGAAGCGGGGAGGGCUAAGUGA